AUGUACCGCUAUGAGAACGGGAGGAGAUACCACGCCUACCGGGAUGGAGCGUACUACCAGCCCAACGAUGAUCGCCAGGCGAAGGCGGGCAGCAUAGAGCAUCACGUGUGGUUGUUGACCCUCAACGACGCACUCUUCUUCGCGCCCUUGCAGGACCCGCAGAAGGUGCUGGACGUCGGCACUGGUACCGGCCUGUGGGCUGUCGACAUGGGGGACAGAUACCCCUCGUGCGAGAUCAUAGGCACAGAUCUAUCGCCCACUCAAGUGCCCUAUGCACCACCAAACGUCCGCUUCGAGAUAGAUGACUGCUGCAGCGAAUGGACGUAUCCGGAAAACAGCUUUGACCUUAUUCACGUCCGUGGCUUGACGGGCAGUGUAGGAAACUGGCCCAAGCACAUUCGACCGAACGGGUACCUUGAGCAGUUGGAGUUUGGGGUCGAUAUUCACACGGACCCAGCAGAGACGCCUCAUGACGAGAUCAUUAGAAGCUUUGGGCCCCUGCUCGUCGAAGCUGGCGACAGGAUGGGCAAGACGUUCGAAAUCUCGAGCCAUAUGACCCGGCUCAUUGAGCAAGCCGGCUUCGUAGAUGUCAUUACAAAGCGCUUCAUCUGGCCCAUUGGCCCUUGGUCUGAUGACGAACGCCUUAAAGAGCUCGGCCGCUGGAACCUGAAGAACUGGGAGGACGGUAUGGAAGGUUGGGUAAUGGCACUGCUGACCAGGAUCCACGGGUGGUCCUACGAAGAGGUCCAGAAUUAUCGAGCACAACUAUUGAGAGGCGUCAAGUCGAAGGGGGUCAAAGCUUGGCACGACGUAUGUGUCGUCUACGCACGUAAACCCGAAUAA